ACAGCGUGCAAUGAUCGUUAACUCUGUAAAACAGAACAUUUAUGAACAAAGCCCGCCAACACUAGUCGCUGAAACACGCUAAAACUUUAUCCCAAUCAGACUGCAAAUGAUUUCCAUAGACGAUCGUUACACAUAUAUCCGCGGAUGGACUCAAGCAUCAUGAAAUUUACCUGAAAACAACAAUAAAAUUCUAUCCCAAGUAUUCUCAAUCCAUCUUACAAAUGGCGGCGGCGGCAGUGGUAGGGAGUAGCAUUGUAUGGCUAAAACGCCAUAGCAAAUUCCUCGCAAACCCUAGUCAUCCCUUGAUUCAGAGCAUUUUUCAGGUAAAUGACAGGAAAAAUGAGGCAGGUAUUGGUUCGUACGGCAUCGCCAUUGCGCAGAAUAUGCGCUUAGAAGCUCGGGCGGCCAUAAACCCCCAAAACCCUAUCUCGCAAUUCUUUGAAAAUGAAGAGGACGACGACGUUAUCAGGGAAGAAUGUGGAGUGGUGGGAAUCUAUGGUGAUCCAGAGGCGGCACGGCUGUGUUACUUGGCCCUGCACGCGCUGCAGCACCGCGGGCAGGAAGGGGCGGGAAUCGUAACCGCGACCGACGGAAGGUUGCAGUCCAUAACAGGCGUAGGACUCGUGGCUGACGUCUUCGACGAGUCUAAGCUCAAUCAGCUCCCCGGGAGCUCAGCCAUCGGUCACGUCAGAUACUCCACCGCUGGCUCCUCCAUGCUUAAGAACGUGCAGCCCUUUGUGGCCGGCUACAGGUUUGGAUCUGUGGGUGUAGCCCACAAUGGAAAUCUAGUAAACUACCAGACCCUGAGGGACCGGCUCGAAGAAAGUGGUUCUAUUUUUAAUACUUCUUCUGAUACAGAGGUGGUGCUGCACCUAAUUGCCAUAUCCAAGUCCAGGCCCUUCAUGCAAAGAAUUGUGAAUGCCUGUGAGCAAUUAGAGGGGGCGUAUUCGCUAGUGUUCCUGACUGAGGAUAAGCUGGUGGCUGUACGGGAUCCACACGGAUUUCGGCCCCUUGUCAUGGGUAGAAGGAGCAAUGGAGCUGUGGUAUUUGCCUCUGAGACAUGCGCGUUGGAUUUAAUAGAGGCCAAAUAUGAGAGAGAAGUGAAUCCGGGGGAGGUGGUGGUUGUGGAUGGGGAGGGCAUUAGUUCUCUUUGCCUGUUGCCACACCAGGAGCGCAAGGCCUGUAUUUUUGAGCACAUUUACUUUUCGCUGCCCAACUCAUUGGUCUUUGGACGUUCAGUAUAUCAAUCAAGAUAUACCUUUGGACAGAUCCUGGCAAAUGAGGCGCCUGUUGAUUGUGAUGUUGUGAUUGCUGUUCCAGACUCAGGUGUGGUGGCUGCUCUUGGCUACUCAGCACGGGCCAAUGUGCCUUUCCAACAGGGCCUUAUCAGGUCACACUAUGUUGGACGAACCUUUAUUGAGCCAUCACAAAAGAUUAGGGAUUUUGGCGUGAAGUUAAAGCUUGCCCCUGUCCGGGCAGUCUUAAAUGGCAAAAGGGUGGUUGUUGUGGAUGACUCCAUAGUUCGUGGCACAACUUCAUCAAAGAUUGUGAGGCUGAUCAAAGGGGCAGGUGCUAAAGAAGUUCAUUUGAGGAUUGCAAGCCCUCCUAUUAUAGGAUCGUGUUAUUACGGAGUGGAUACGCCCAGCAGAGAAGAGCUGAUUUCCAACAGACUUGGAGUGGAGGAGACAAGGAAGUUUGUUGGAGCAGAUUCUCUGGCUUUCUUGCCCCUAGAGAAAUUGAGGGGGCUACUCGGAGAGGAGGCUCCUACAUUUUGUGAUGCCUGCUUUUCAGGGAAUUAUGCAGUUCCCGUGCGAGAUGAGAAGGUAAAGAAGGUUGGGGACUUUGUGGAUGAUGGAGUGAAUGGGAGUGUGGAUUCUGGGUGGGUGAAAGCUCCCAAGCUCUAAAGCAUUGAUUCUGCUUCUGUUGUAUAAAUUCUUUUUUUAUGGAUGAAAACAAAGUUUUGCAAGUGUGGUGCGCAGUUUUUUAUUAUCUGUAUAAUUUUGAAUCUUGGGUUCAACUAUCUAUCUUAAUUGUAAUCGGAUUGUUACCUUUUUCUCAGCAUGUGCUGCUGGAAGAAUUUUGAGGUAUUUUGUAUUAAACUAAUCCUAUGCAGUCAGUGAUUUUCAAUGUUAA